AUGGUCGAAAGAGUUAUAAGUUCGGACCUUUAUCACGUCGACUGGUAUUGGGGCGAUGUGCACUGGAAAUGGGCGGAACGUCUUCUCAAUCUGUGCCCAGUUGGAUACUUUUUGAUUCGAGACAGCAAAAGUGACACGCAUCUCUUUUCGGUCUCUUUUCGCACCGAAGGUUCGUAUUUUUCCCCGGAAAAGUUAUUUGAAAUUGAAGAUUUUUCAGAGAAAGUCUAUCAUACCCGUCUUUCGCUGGAAGAUUCUCGACGGAAUCUCGGCAGCCGACAGCCGUACGUCUCGCGAGAUUACCGGCGACUCGUCGAGAUUAUCGAGCGAGCUGUGCAGGUUCGCUUUUUGGUCUCGACACGAAAAACGAAAUUCAAAUUUUCCAGCAAUCCCAGGACGGCGAACAAGAAAUGCUGCACUACCGUCGCGGACACGAAGCGGAAGCCGCCCGUGUGCACCUGACACGCCCGCUCAACAAACGGCAACUGAUGCCCUCCCUGCAGUACCUUUGCCGCUUCGCGAUCCGGUCGCAGCAGCCACCGGUGCGGAUAUCGGAUCUUCUGGCGCCGCGGCCCGUCGUCACGUAUCUCAGCGAUCCGAAAUGGAUCAUUCCUGAUCUGCGAGAGUGCGAAGUGCAGUUGAAGAACAAGACUUUCUAA